GGCUUUGAGGCGGCCUCGGUCCUCGAGGAGACCCCCGACGAGGUGACAGUGGAGCUGGCGGAGAGCGGGCGCCGCGCCACCGUGCCCAAGGCUGACGUGCAGCGCAUGAACCCGCCCAAGUUCGCCAAGGUGGAGGACAUGGCCGAGCUGACCUGCCUCAACGAGGCGUCCGUGCUGCACAACCUGAAGGAUCGCUACUACUCGGGACUCAUCUAUACGUACUCGGGACUGUUCUGCGUCGUCAUUAACCCGUAUAAGAACCUGCCCAUCUACACAGAGCAGAUCGUGGAGAUGUACCGGGGCAAGAAGCGACACGAGGUCCCUCCCCACAUCUACGCCAUCUCUGAGACGGCCUACCGCAGCAUGUUGCAAGAUCGGGAAGAUCAGUCGAUUCUUUGCACCGGAGAAUCGGGAGCUGGGAAGACCGAGAACACGAAGAAGGUGAUUCAGUACCUGGCCCACGUGGCAUCGUCUCACAAAGGCCGGAAGGAUCACACCACGCCCAGUCCAUCCAUCAUAUACGGUGAGCUGGAGCAGCAGCUUCUUCAGGCCAACCCGAUCCUGGAAGCUUUCGGGAAUGCCAAGACGGUGAAAAACGACAACUCCUCUCGCUUUGGGAAGUUCAUUCGAAUUAACUUUGACGUGACAGGGUACAUCGUUGGAGCCAACAUAGAGACCUACCUGCUGGAGAAGUCCCGGGCGAUCCGUCAAGCCAGGGAUGAGCGCACCUUCCACAUCUUCUACCAGCUCCUGGUGGGCGCUGGCGAACACGUCAAGACUGACCUGCUGCUGGAGCCGUUGCAGAAUUACAAGUUCCUGUCGAACGGGUACAUUCCCAUAGCGGGACAACAGGACAAAGACAACUUCCACGAGACUCUUGAGGCCAUGACCAUCAUGGGGUUCUCCCAGGACGAGAUCACCGCAAUGUUACGCCUGGUCUCAGCAGUGCUACAGUUUGGAAACAUUACCUUUAAGAAGGAGCGGAACACAGACCAGGCCUCAAUGCCAGAGGAUACAGCUGCCCAGAAGCUGUGCCACCUGCUGGGGCUCAACGUGACGGAAUUCACCCGGGCCAUUCUCUCGCCUCGCAUCAAGGUCGGACGGGACUACGUACAGAAAGCACAGACCAAGGAGCAGGCAGACUUCGCGAUCGAGGCCCUGGCCAAGGCGUCUUAUGAGCGCCUGUUCCGCUGGCUCGUUCACCGCAUCAACAGAGCCCUGGAUCGGACCAAGAGACAAGGGGCUUCUUUCAUUGGGAUCCUGGACAUUGCUGGAUUCGAGAUCUUUCAGCUGAACUCCUUCGAGCAGCUCUGCAUCAACUACACGAACGAGAAACUGCAGCAGCUCUUCAACCACACGAUGUUCGUCCUGGAGCAGGUGGAGUACCAGAGGGAGGGAUUCGAGUCAGCCGUGAUCUACUUUGUGCUCGACGUGUGGUCUUGCGUCGAUCUGAUCGAGCGGCCUGCCAACACACCCGGCAUCCUCGCCCUCCUGGAUGAGGAGUGCUGGUUCCCCAAGGCGACGGACAAAACGUUUGUGGAGAAGCUGGUGCAGGAGCAGGGCGACCACCCCAAGUUCCAGAAAGUCCGGCAGCUGAAAGACAAGGCCGAUUUCUGCGUCAUUCACUACGCGGGCAGGGUUGAUUAUAAAGCUGACGACUGGCUCAUGAAGAACAUGGAUCCCCUCAAUGACAAUGUGGCCACUCUCCUGCACCAAUCAGCAGAUCGUUUUGUGGCUGAACUCUGGAAGGACGUUGACCGGAUUGUGGGCCUGGACCAGGUCUCGGGGAUGAGUGACGUGACGUUUGUUGGCUCCUCCUACAAGACCAAGAAGGGGAUGUUCCGAACCGUGGGUCAGCUCUACAAGGAGUCCCUGUCCAAACUGAUGGCCACCCUGCGGAACACGAACCCGAACUUUGUACGCUGUAUCAUUCCCAACCACGACAAGCGGGCCGGCAAGCUGGAGCCCCACCUCGUGCUGGACCAACUGCGUUGUAACGGGGUGCUCGAGGGGAUCCGUAUCUGCCGACAGGGCUUCCCGAACAGAAUCGUCUUCCAGGAAUUCCGCCAGAGGUAUGAAAUCCUGACACCCAACGCUAUUCCAAAAGGGUUCAUGGACGGGAAACAGGCUUGUGAGCAGAUGAUCCGGGCUCUGGAACUGGAUUACAACCUUUACCGGAUCGGGCAGAGUAAGAUCUUUUUCCGAGCCGGAGUGCUGGCUCACCUGGAGGAGGAACGGGACCUGAAGAUCACAGACAUCAUCAUUCUAUUCCAGGCAGCUGCUCGAGGCUACCUCGCUCGCAAGGCCUUCGCCAAGAGGCAACAGCAGCUGAGCGCUCUCAAAGUUCUCCAACGGAACUGCGUCGCCUACCUGAAGCUCCGCCAUUGGCAAUGGUGGCGUCUGUUCACCAAGGUGAAGCCCCUGCUCCAGGUGACCAGACAGGACGAGGAGAUUCAGGCCAAAGACGAGGAGCUGCUCAAGGUCAAAGAGAAGCAGUUAAAGGCCGAGAUGGACCUGACCGAACUGGGCCGCAAGCAUCAGCAGCUGGUGGAGGAGAAGAACAUCCUGGCAGAGCAGCUGCAGGCUGAGACGGAGCUGUUUGCUGAAGCCGAGGAGAUGAGAGCUCGGCUCGCCAGCAAGAAGCAGGAGCUGGAGGAAAUCCUGCACGACCUGGAGUCCCGUGUCGAGGAGGAGGAGGAACGGAACCAGCAGCUUCAGAAUGAGAAGAGGAAGAUGCAGCGGCACAUCCAGGACAUCGAGGAGCAGCUGGAAGAGGAAGAAGCCACGCGACAGAGACUGCAACUCGAGAAGGUGACCACGGAGGGCAAGCUGAAGAAGAUGGAGGAAGAUAUCUACAUCCUUGAGGAUCAGAACUCCAAACUGAUGAAGGAAAGGAAGCUUCUGGAAGAGCGAGUCUCGGAGGCUACAUCUCAGCUCCUGGAGGAAGAGGAGAAGGUAAAAAGUCUAUCCAAGAUGAGAAACAAGCAUGAAGCCGUCAUCGCAGACCUGGAGGAGCGUCUGAAGAAGGAGGAGAAGGGGAGGCAGGAGAUCGAGAAGCUGAAACGGAAGCUGGAUGGCGAAUCGACGGAUUUCCAGGAACAAAUCGCAGAGAUGCAGCAACAGAUCGAGGAGCUGAAGGCACAGCUGUUAAAGAGGGAGGAGGAGCUACAGGCAGCUCUGGGCAGGUAA